AUGAAGAUAAGAUUUCUAUCUCGAUUUAUCAGCUCUUUUAGCCCAGUCAAAGUUUCUUAUCAAGAGCUGGUCUCAAACGCAAAUAUAGAAAGGAAAAUUGAAGAAGGGUAUGGGCCUGAUGGCCUUGGAAUUAUAACUAUAGAGCACAUCCCAGGCUAUCAAGAAAAACGCAUGGCACUUUUACCACUAGCCAGAAGAGUGGCUCUUUUACCUGAUGAUGAAAAGAAAGAGCUCGAGUUGCCCCAAAUCAACUAUAUGAUGGGCUGAAGCCACGGAAAAGAGUUUUUUGAAGGGACUCCCGACUUUUCAAAAGGAUCUUUUUAUGCAAAUCCAGAGGUAGACAAAGCUCCUCUUUACAAAGGAGCUUUUCAUGACAAUGUUUGGCCAAGAUCUUUGCCAGAGCUUCGUAUAGCUUUCAGAGACUUAGGUCAAGAAAUUAUGAGAGUAGGGGCAUUGCUUGCCAGGCAUCUUGAUAAAUACAUAUUAGCGAGACACAAAGACUAUACACCUAGGACGUUAGAAGACAUAAUAAAAAGCCAUAAAAAUUCUGCUGGAAGACUACUGCACUAUUUUCCUCAAGUCGGGUCAACCCAUGAAUGGUGUGGCUGGCACAAUGAUCAUUCUUGCCUUACUGGUUUAACUUGUCCACUAUAUUUAAAUCAAACUACUGGAGAAGUUGUAAACCCAAAUGAAGUUUCAGAUUGUAAAACCGGACUUUUCAUUAAAAAUAGGCGUGGAGAAAUGCUUAAAGCCCAUUUAACUAGUGAUUUGCUAUUAUACCAAAUUGGAGAAACCGCUCAAAUCCUUUCAAAUGGUUGACUACAAGCUACGCCUCAUUCAGUUCAAACUGGGGGAAGUUUGGAAAAUGUUAGUAGAAAUACAUUUGCGAUAUUCAUGGAGCCUGUUCCUGACUUUGCAUUAAAAGUAUCUGAUAAUCAUGAAAGAAUAUUUGUGGAAAAUGAAGGAAUUCCAUCACUGAGAAGGCGCUUUAAGAAAGGUAUGACUUUUGGCGAUUUUCAUAAUUCAACUGUAGCAGCGUUUAAUUAUUAA